AUGGAUCAGUGCAAUGAGACGCUUGAGACGUCUCUACGCUGCCACGUGCCGAAUAUAGUGUUCCUCAAAGGAGUUGGUGUUGGAAGUGUUGCUGCUAAAAUGUUGACCAGAUGUGGUAUUGGUCGUCUUUUGUUGUAUGACUAUGACUCUGUUGAACUAGCUAACAUGAACAAGUUGUUUUUCCGACCUGAUCAGGUUGAUAUGACAAAGACUGAUGCUGCUGUCCAGACCUUUCAGCCGUAUAUAUUCAAGCCUUUCACCCUUAAUGAUGCUCUCCGAAAAGGCAUUGCUAUCGUCCAAACAUUUUUAUGCGAAAAGGAAUUAAACAAUCACUAA